ACCAGUUGAAUUGCUACGGGUUGGAAGCAGUCAGAGAAACCUACAUGAGAAUAAAGACAGUGAAUAAAUACUUAGUUAAAUGUGAAAUUGAGGCGUUUUUACGCAACGGCAGAAAAGUGCAAAUGGAAAACUACACUGGAAAUGAAACGCAAGUUAUGUCGGAAUCUUACGCCACAGAAGCCAAGACCGGCGGGAAUGGUGUGCGGACGCUAAUUGGAUGCAUUUUGUUUGUUCUCAUUGUGUCGACACUACUGGGGAACACGCUCGUGUGCGCCGCAGUCGUUAAAUUCAGACACCUCCGGUCCAAGGUAACCAACUUUUUCGUGAUUUCUCUGGCUGUGUCAGACCUCUUCGUUGCCGUCCUCGUGAUGCCAUGGGAGGCAAUAUCCGAAGUGACUGGGACCUGGCUGUUUGGUAGAUUUUGUGGCAUAUGGAUAGCUUUUGACAUAAUGUGCUCGACGGCAUCAAUUCUUAAUCUGUGUAUCAUAAGCGUGGACAGAUACUGGGCUAUAGCAAGUCCUUUUAGAUAUGAACGGAAAAUGACCCACAGAGUAGCAUUUAUCAUGAUUGCAGUGGCGUGGACGCUGUCAAUUCUCAUAUCCUUCAUACCUGUCCAACUGAACUGGCACGUGGCCGAGGAGGAGACAUCAGCGGGAAACGUUAGCAACCACUCCGAGAACUGCAUAGCGAACUUGAACAAGACCUAUGCUAUUUUCACAUCACUGAUCAGUUUCUACAUCCCAGUUGUCAUCAUGGUUGCCACCUACACGAGGAUUUUCCGUAUUGCGCAAACACAGAUACGGAGGAUAUCCUCAUUGGAGAGAGCUGUGGAGCAAGCGCAAAAUAACCAACACCCAAACGUUUGCGCACACGAAAACGCAUUGAAAACUGCUUUUAAAAAAGAAACAAAGGUCUUAAAGACCCUCUCCAUUAUCAUGGGAGUUUUUGUUUUUUGCUGGCUGCCCUUUUUUGUCCUAAACUGCAUGGUACCUUUCUAUGACCCUCCGUGUGUAAGCGACACCACGUUCACAAUUUUCGUUUGGUUUGGUUGGGCCAACUCUUCGUUAAACCCCGUCAUUUACGCAUUUAACGCAGAUUUCAGAAAAGCCUUUACAACUAUUCUAGGCUGCAAUAAAAUGUGUUCAACCAAUACAUUGGAGGCUGUUAAUUUCAGCAAUGAAUUGGUGUCCUAUCACCACGACACAACGCUCCAAAAAGACGCACAAGUCUUAAUGGCUACACACCAUCCAAACGCAAUCCCUAACUUGGGAGAGGACACAACCCCACUGUUCGACAAAGUUUCUCUUAUCUCAAUCGCAUCCCGCAAUCACAAGAACAUGUUUCUGCCAGCCAAUGUCCAAUUCCAGUGUGACGGGGAAAUGUAAUUUACCACAGCUGUAGCCAUGGAGUGCGAUGCAAUCCAUGGUCAAAACCACGAUUAGAAUCUUGCACAAUUGUAGGCUAUGAUUUAUUCAUGAAAUAUUGAUUUAUUUGUAUUUAUUUAAGUUAUAUUUUAUUGUGAAAUCAUUCACUUAUGUUGUUUUGCAUAAUGCCGUGCGCAAUGUUAUAAUUUCUUUAUUAUCUCACUGAUCAUGAUCAAUACAUUUACACAGAGAUUAUUUUAAAAAGUAGGCAUGUGUCUUGAUAAAUGGAAGGAAAUCACGUAGAAAUGUUAGCCUAGUUUUAGUCUUGCUACUACACACAUUUCAAAUAAUUGAGACUAGUUAAAUAAAGGUUGAAUGAAAAAUAUAUACAUAAAAAGACACAAUUGAACGAAUAAGCUAUGUGAUGUGUAUUGCAUAAUGAGAGGAUAUCAGUACAUUUUGUUAGUGUUUUUUAAAACUCUUGCCAAAAUACUUGUUCUAAUUCAAUGAGGAUGGUGGUAGUGUUUCUGUAGCAAAGUAGCUCUCAAACACCAUGGGAGUAAUCUGUUUCAAAUCAAAUCACAUUUUAUUUUUCACAUUUAUUAGCAAUAAUGGUAAAAUAAUACUUAAUGAAAAGGUAAUUAUUUUGGUAUAAGUUGAUAUGUUUAAUCAGAUACAGUAUAUAAUAAUGGAACCAUAACUUGACAUUGUUUUGUGAAAAUAGCUGUAGAAAUCUUGUAAUCUUUUGCCACCUCUUACUCAAGUUAAGUCAUCAUUUAUUUAAAGUGCAUUUCACAAUGUCUCAACACACUUUACAAAUAACAUUUAAAUUAAAACAUGUAAAAUAUACUCAACCAUUUGUAAAUGAAUAUAGCUAGAAAAUAUGUAGAACUGAUUAUGUUCUUGCCAAAGCUUCACUAUAAUCGUUUGCAACUGUCUUCUGCAUAGUCCCUGACAACACCAUGUAACCCAUGGUAACAGAACCACAUCUUCCCCUCUGAUAAUUGCAUCUAUUUUUAUUUUAGGAUUAUUAUAUUCUCCAAAGCUGCUCUGCGGUGUUGGCAGAUAUAAAAUAGUAAAAUGAGCCCUGGCCCAAAAUCCCUAGGCCCAAAAUGUUUUCAGAAUCAGCUUUAGAACAUGAUUAAAUAUUCAACAUCUAAAAUAUCUCCCAUCAAAGCCAUUUCCCCCCAUGAAUCAAAUUUGAAUAAAUGGGAAGGGUGUCUAAGAUAUAGGGCUAUAUAUUAUAGGCAUUAUGUGAUAGGGCUCCCGAGUGCCGCAGCGGUCUAAGGCACUGCAUCUCAGUGCAAGAGGUGUCACUACAGUCCCUGUUUCAAUUCCAGGCUGUAUCACAUCCGGCCAUGAUUGGGAGUCCCAAAGGGCAGCGCACAAUUGGCCCAGCAUCGUCUGGGGGUAGGCGGUCAUUGUAAAUAAGAAUUUGUUCUUAACUGACUUUCCAGGUUAAAUACAAAAUAUAGUCUACUAUUCCAAAAUAAAAUACAUUUCACUUCACAUCUGUUAAAAAAAUUACUGUCAGAGUCACCAAAUUACACCAGUGCUGUAAAAUUGGCCACGCAGUUACUCAUUCUAUGUACUCCUAGUUUGUCCCUUUAGUUAGAAUUCCCAACAGCACCUCAGUCAAUCACUUGUAUGUUUCUUACCAAUCAGAGACAUUCUCUAUCACUUGCUUGUUGUAAGUCCCGCCUCCAGGUAUUGAUUUGCGGGGGAUAAAGUUUGGGUGUUUGUAUAGAAUUUUGUAAAAUAUGUGUGUGCACUGUCAUUGCUAGCUAAGUAGCCAGUUAGCCAGGCUCACUGGUUACCUUUUCACAGUGUCAUGAACACAGUGCUUUUCAGUUACAUUAUGCUUAUACGUACAAUAGUAAUAGCUUUGUUAUAGUAGUUACAUUCUAUGCAGAGUUUGUUGUACUGUACAGCCUGCUCGCUAUUGCAGCAGAUUACUAGCCAAGUGUCGCAUGUUGAGUCGUUUUGGUGAGCCUCUUACUCUGUUCGCCAUUACUUGGUUUAGUGACAGUUUUCUCACCAUGCGGUGGUCAUGUGUACUCUCGGGCCACAUUAUACUUUACAGUCAGAGCAUUUUGGAUCUGUAUUAUGUAGCAGUAAAGACUGCAGCUUUAUCCUGCUAUUGUCAUUCAUAUUCAUGUGCUGCAUUAUCAUUCAGUUAAGUCAAGGUGUAUCUGUAAAUAGCUUUACCCCUUUUAUGUAUUAUUGUGUACUAUAAUAUGUCCUUUUAUCUUCCACCCUUUUAGAACCACUAUCUACAGUAUAUUGAUGUUGUGUUUGUGUGUGGGGGGGGAUUCUUCCUGUCAAUUAAACCCCCAUUA